CCGACACAAGCAUUUCCCCUUCUUUCAAUCGUUGACGAUAGCAAAUUAUUUACGAUGAAGACUACCGCAGCACUUAUUGCUCUUGUCGCCCUUGCCUCGGUUGAGGGUUCCUAUUACGAGGCCCGCCCGGCGCCUAUCUUCCAUGCCGUCGCGCCUAUCCAGAGCGUUGCGCCAGUGCCAGCUGCCUAUCAGGCAGUGCCGGCCCCCUACCAUGAGCAGCCGGAGAACAAGCCGUAUGCGGAGCACCCGCAGGGAUAUGAAGCGAAGCCGGUGCCUGCGCCUGCACCUGAGCACAUCCCGGAGAACAAGCCUGAGGAGCAUCACGAGGAGAAGCCCAACUACGAGCAGCAUCCAGCCCCAGCCCCGGCUCCUGCUCCUGCUCCUGCCCCCGCUCCAGCUCCAGCUCCAGCUCCGGCUCCGGUUCCGGUUCCCGAGAACAAGCCUGAGGAGCACCAUGAGGAGAAGCCUGCCUAUGAGGCUCAUCCGGCUCCUGCGCCCGCUCCAGCUCCGGCUCCGGCUCCAGCUCCAGCUCCUGAGCACAAGCCUGAGGAGCAUCACGAGGAGAAGCCCAACUAUGAGCAGCAUCCGGCCCAGCCCCGGCUCCUGCCCCCGCUCCAGCCCCGGCUCCGGCUCCGGCUCCUGAGCACAAGCCUGAGGAGCAUCAUGAGGAGAAGCCUGCCUAUGAGGUUCAUCCGGCCCCUGCGCCUGCCCCUGCGCCUGGAAACAAGCCGGAAGAGCACCACGAGGAGAAGCCCAACUACGAGCAGCACCCUGCUCCUGCUCCUGCUCCCGCCCCUGAGAACAAGCCUGAGCAUGAGGGGAAUGCCAAGUGCGCUCCCCCUGCCCCUGUCCCCGCAUAUGAGGCUAAGCCUGCUCCGGCUCCGGCUCCGGCUCCUGCACCCGCCCCUGGAAACAAGCCUGAGGAGCAUCAUGAGAACAAACCCGAGGAGCAUCAUGAGGAGCACCACGAGGAGAAGCCGGAAGAGCACCAUGAGGAGAAGCCCAACUACGAGCAGCAUCCUGCGCCAGGUCCGGCUCCUGGAAACAAGCCUGAGGAGCACCAUGAGGAGCACCAUGAGGAGAAGCCCAACUACGAGCAGCACCCUGCCCCGGCUCCAGCUCCGGCUCCGGCUCCUGGGAACAAGCCCGAGGAGCACCAUGAGGAGAAGCCUGAAGAGCACCAUGAGGAGAAGCCCAACUACGAGCAGCACCCUGCCCCAGCCCCUGCCUACCAGGCUAACGCUCCUCACUACUAAACAGCAAAGCCUCUUUCAAUUUAG